UUUACCGAUAUUUCACCGUGUUGAACCUCGUAUGUGGUCAAACCAUCAUUGGUUUUACGACAAUUACCUGAAAUCGUCAUUAUGCCGCAUCAAACCGGAGUGUCGGAUAACCCCGCUAGUGAGUUCGCUGUAAGACGUACGAUGAGGCACGCGCCAGUCGUAGAUAAGUCAAAACGGCUUGGGAGAUGGUACUUCGGUGGCUUGGCAAGCGCUGGGGCAGCGUGCUGCACGCAUCCACUCGACCUUCUGAAGGUCCACUUACAGACACAGCAGGGGGAAAAGGUGCGGGCUGUCACCAUGGCCUUAAGGAUAAUAAAAAAUGAUGGAAUAUUUGGAUUAUAUAAUGGACUGACUGCCUCACUUUUGAGACAGUUGACAUAUUCUAUGACAAGGUUUGCAAUCUAUGAGACAGUGAAGAAACAUUUGACCAAAGAUGGCCAAGCCUUCCCCUUUUAUCAGAAAGUACUACUGGCAGGGUUUGCGGGAGCCACAGGGGGGCUGGUAGGCACCCCUGCAGAUCUGGUCAACGUGAGGAUGCAGAACGAUAUAAAACUUCCACCAGAGCUAAGGAGAAAUUACAAGCAUGCAGUUGAUGGCUUGUAUCGAGUGUUGAAGGAAGAGGGCAUCAGAAAGAACUUCUCAGGUGCAACAAUGGCCAGUAGUAGGGCAGUUCUUGUAACGAUAGGACAGCUGGCUUGUUAUGAUCAGAUAAAGAUCGUGCUGUUGAAGACUGGCUAUUUCGGCGACAACCUCACAACACAUUUUUCAUGCAGUAUUAUGGCUGGUACAAUUGCCACCUUCCUCACCCAACCUCUAGAUGUGAUGAAAACGAGAAUGAUGAAUGCAAAGCCAGGAGAAUACUCUAACCUUUUUUCCUGUGCAAAGGAUAUUGCCAAAAAUGGGCCACUUGGAUUUGUGAAAGGAUUUGUUCCAGCAUUUGUGAGAUUAGGCCCUCAUACAGUGUUAACUUUUAUUUUCUUUGAGCAAAUUAGAUUAAACUUUGGGUAUGAUCCUACGCCAACUUAGUACUGUACCCAUAAGUUUAAGGCACAUUGUACACUGUGCAUUCACGGACACAAGUCUGAUGCACUUCCCCUACAGCAGAGUUCAGUCAUUUGGGACUGAUAACCCAGACUGUCACGCUUAAAAAGAUUGUACACUGGUAUUCUGAAGUUUUGUGAAGUUGAGAUUGUAUUUAUCAGGGUAUUGCAGUUGAGGUGGCAGCAAUUCAGCAAUGCUGUAUUAUUUUUUGAGGACUGGUAUUUUUGGCAUGGUCUGUCUAUGAAAUUAAAUCAAGGUGCUCUUGGUCAUCUGUGCCAUGUUUGUCUUAACAUUUCACUUUCUACCCUGUGCUUUACCAUUUCAAGCCCAAGCUACUCAGGUGUCAUGUAAACCAGAAAUUCAAAAAUCAUUUAUCAUGUACUAUAUACUCAUUAAGUCAUUCUGAUUUUAUUUAUUCCUGCAAACUAUAGGGAACUUGUGAUUGUUGUUGUUUCACUGAGUUGCAUAGCUUAUGAUAAUUAGUUUCUUCAAAUAUAGAAUUAAUUUAGCAGGCUGAUUAGUAAGAAAAUUAGCAUCUUUGAAUUUAUUACUGCAAAUAUUUAACUAUCUCCUCCACUAACUGGUACAUUACUUGGUACAUUCAUGGGCUGUGUUUCUCAGCUCAGAUUUCUAUGUGUAUAUCUUACAUAAUCCGCAUUCAUACCGUACGAUUGUCCAGUUGACCCAUCAGGUUUCACAGGGACAUGGUAUUUCAUGAGAUUGUAGCACUCAACAAAUCGCAUUGUCUGAAUGCAGCUGAUGAAAUUAACUAGUAGUUUCUGAUUCCAUUUUGAAUCUGAAGAGUCGAUAUGACAUGGAUGAUCCAGACACAAAAGCCACUUGGUAGAACACCACUCAGGAUAUGAAUGUUCAAGGUGGUUAUUUGAGGAAAGAUAGUAUAAUAUUGAGAUAGUCAAAUGUUUAAAAAAUUCAUGAAGUACCUUUGAUUGCUUUUAUUCUACACCUAGCCAAAAGUCUAUACCUUAUUUUUUGUUUUGUUUUGUUAUUUUGUCAUAUGAGAUGGAUGUAGAAAGAUAUGUUGUUCGAAGAUUUAUGUUGGUGAUCAGAGUGAAACAGGAUUUUUUGUGUUUUUACAUGAGAGUUUUAUAUGUUGUUCUCAUUGUUCUCUAUUAGUCUUCUAUUCAUCAAAAUGUUUUCAUCCAAAAUUGAGAGAUUGUUAAAGGCAUGAUGAUUGGAUAACUGUAAAGAUAGGAGAUCGUGGGUUUAAACAUCAAUACUUUGAUGCAUCAAAUAAAUUUACAGUGUUCAAGCUCAGCCUAGGUUUUAAAUCUUGUGCAGUAGACAGUCAGCAAGUGUUUUAUUACAUUACUAAAUGUGACUUAGAUUGCUUUAUAGCCAAUAAAUGACUGCCUUAUUUCACAACUUGGGGAAACAAAGCUAUUUACAUAUUGAUGUACUGUAUUAAAAUCUAUAACAAAUUAAAGAGUGACAGUUUUAAUUGUGACAUGCGAUUUUUGCUCUUAUGGUGUGUAAUGUAGCUAUUUGAAAGAUGAUGUCAGAGGAAUGUUAAUGUUUGUGGUAAAAUUUGUUAUACAAGUGUCCCAUUGAACUCCUUUGUGUUUUAGAAUUUGAUUUAACCUAUUUUACUUUGAUAGUAGCAAUGAGACUCACAGUGUUGGGCCUCAUUUAGAGGAAAAAAUACUCCAUUGUAUGGAGUUGUUAAGCCUGUUUUCACCUGUUCAUAUGGUGAUUUGUUGGCGUAUGAUACAUGUAGAUUCAUGUCUACAUGUCUAUGUUCUUAUUUAUCAAUGUGAUAUUUACAUGGAACUUUUUAUCUGAAAUAUUUUUACUUGAUGCAUACAUACAUGUACAUGUACUAUUACACACACGUAGCAAGUCAUUUGAAAAUGUACUGUAUCAUAAUAUUAAGGUAAUUUUAUCCAUUUUUGACAAGCUUUUAUGAUUAAAUUUACUUUUACAAGGAACAAACAUUUAACAUUGUAAAGUGUUUUUAUCAAACAAAGUUAAUUAGAUUUUGUCAAAAACUUAUAAAUGUUCUGCUAAUGUAGUAUAAUUUAUCUGGGCUAAAUGAUACCGUGAAUAGCAGAUCUACCUUGGAUAGCCACGCACAUGCGUCAUCAUAAACAAUAACCUUUGUAUUUGUUCAUGUACAGCAGACAUCAGCACACAUUCAACAUUAGCACUUUGAUGAUUGUAGACUCUGACAUCAACUUAGCUCUUCAGGUUAGUGAAAUACCAUUAUGCAACAUUUUCAGGUAAUGUUCACAUGUUUGUGUGCUUGCAAUGCAAACUUUUUGGUAUUGUUACAAUGAAACCUUGUCUUUACUCCAAAAAUUCGUCUUUCGGUACCCUCAUCCAUUCGGUGGGUGCUUUUUCUGUGUGUCACUGCGCAUAAUGUACUCAUGGAACAGUGAUGUUACUUGCAAACAAUGCAUUUUGCACAGCAUGGUAACGACUAAUUUUGGUGGCUAAGAGAUGCAGACAUUAAAACACUAUAGCCAGACAGUAAUAACUUCUUUUACAUGUUGAAGGUCUAGAUUCAAGCUACAUGUAAAUGCCUGAUAAGAAACACCUAAGCAAAAAAAUGUAUCAAAAAAGGUGCUGCCAUUUUUACACACAUGUGACAUUCCCAGGCGAUGUGUGGAACAUUUAACAACCUAUUAAACUGUUGAACUGACUUGACCGUGUUCAUGUUGUCUUCUUUUGUUGCCAUAUAUAAAGACAUGUUCCUUAACGGAGUAAUUCACCAGGCUAGUUGUAUUCCAUUACUUUAUGUGUGAAAAGGUGAAUUUGGAUGCACAUGAAUAACUGUAUAAUAUUAUGCUCAAAAGCACCAAUAAAGUUACUUGUUCAAAUACUUUAGCUGCUGCUGUGUAGUAAGGAAUUCACAUUCAAAUUUAGCAGAUCAUAGUCAAAUCCUCCAGGAACAAGCAUUUAUUGUACUACUGUAGCUGUAUAUACACUGUAUUUGCUGAACAAAAGUCCGUGCAGAUCAUCAGAAUAGGGUUCCACAACCACAAAGAUUGGAUACAUUAUUGCCAAACAUACAGUUUGGACACUGUGCUAAACAGCCAAAUAUGAGUUUUUCAACUGAGAAAGUGAGUGAAGGUCAAUUGUACUGUUUCAGGAGCAGCAUGUUUUACUUAUACCAAAAACAAUACUGAUACAUGGCAUUACUCGGGCGCAGUUAACAUUUGGUACUGGGAACUGGUGAGGUUUCAUGUCUGGAGUGUAUGACAUGAUAGUAUUUGGGUUGUUCUUAGUAGAUAGAGCAACUGCCUCGGUGGUGUCAGAAUGUGACUGGGUGGGGCAUCUUUUCUAGUGUCUAAAGAAUGGCGUUCCCGUAAAGCAGCACUUUACAUAGGGCUGUAAUGUGUUCAGCCUGCUACA